AUGACCACUUGGUCGGACCUUCUGCCGGAGAUUCUCAAUAGGAUCGCCGGAAAGUUAGAAUUCUACGAAGAUUACAUCAACUUUCUUUGUGUUUGCACUUCAUGGAAAUCUUUUGCCACCACCACAACCAAAAACUUAAUUCAACAUCUUCCUUUUCGGUUGCCCAUGUUGAUGCUUGCAGAAUCCGACAAAGAUGAAGACAAUAACAACGAACAACACGAACAACACCGUAGAUUCUUUCUUCUUUCCAACGGUGGCACCAUACGUAAGCUGCCACUACUGGAGGUGCACUGGCAGCGAUGUAUAUCGACUCACGGGUGGUUGAUAACCACCGGAGAACAAGAGUUCUAUGCCAAGCUCGUUAACCCGGUUUCUCGUACUCAACUUGAGCUCCCAGAGCUGUAUAUGUUUGAUGAAUUAUACACUGAUCAAGAUGAAUGGAUGUACUACGGGUCUUGCAUGAGAAAAGCUGUGUUUACAUCACCUAACCCUUUAUCAUCAGACCCCUCCUUUCGUGUUAUCAUCAUUUGGGGGGAAACAAUUGGGUUUUGUCGGCCGGGCGAUGUUUCUUGGACUCAUACGGCUGGGAAGGAUGCUUGUUUGAUAUUGCGUAUCAUAGAAUGCGAAAACGACUCUAUGUAG